GAUGCACUGCACCUGCCUAGGCUGGAGUUAAGGUACUAAUCACAGCAGCAGUGCUGGGAAAGGUGCCUAGGAAGGAUGAGGAUGACAGGCACUAUUUUGGUGUGCUCCGCACCACAGCAAUAAUAGAAAGAUAGUCCAGGUGCAGUGUCUUUCACCUGUAAUCCCAGCACUUUGGGAGGCUGAGGUGGGAGGAUCACUUGAGCCCAGGAGUUCAAGACCAGCCUGGGCAACAUGAUACCGAAACUGGCAACACCCAGAGACAUUUCCCUCCUAGUCAUAAAGGAAGCCAGUAGCAGAGCCAGAAAUAAUAUUCAAAUUCUGGAUCCACUAGACCAUAUUGCCUGUCUGACAAAUUAUACUCUUACUUCCUGCUUCAGUUCUAAUAAGGUACCCACAAUGCCGGGUUCUCUGCCCACUGGGAGCAAACAAGGGAACGUGCAGACGCUGGACAGCAUACGAUGGAUGCCUGCAACUCCUGUACCUGCCCCCGAAUGCCACCAGAAAUAUGCCAUCUCUACUGAAACAGCUUUUCCAAACCUGAGCACGUUUAUGAACAUGGAAAAGAGUGUAAAGGGGUCAAAUGCAGACUUUACAAAAAGAAACCCAAGAUGGAGAUUCCUGUUCGGGAUAUACUGCAGCCUACAUCAUGCUAUGACAAUUUUCAUAUAAAGAUACUGUCUCGGAAAGAAAAGGAUUGGGAGUUUGAAUGAUCUAUGGCUUCCAUUCCAAAAAGGAUUACUACGGAAGUAAUUACUUUGAAAGAAAAGUGAUAAUAUGUUUCUGGAGAAAGGUGGCAAUGAAGCAAGGCCCUGAAUAUAUUACCAAGAUGCAUAUUACACUGAAUGAAAUCAUCCGUUGCCCUUCCGGAUCUACCCCGUGGAUGCAGAGUAAAAGCAACCCAUCUUUGUUCAGCAUCCCAGGAGACAGUCCUCUAUUGACAGCAUCAGUCUGGUUCCUUUGCCUUCUGAUUUCCCAUUGAAUGUGGCCAGUGGGAGGCCCCAGCAGAUGGAAGGCCAGGAGGAGGAAGGGCCUGCAGCAUUUUUUCUCCUGGCUCCCACCCUGCCAGGCCUCUGCCUGACAGUGGCUCACGCUUUUCCACAGCUCCUGUCAGGUGGCCUCUCCCAAAGUGACAGUGUUCACUUGGUUCUGUAAGUGUUUUCUCCAUUGCCUCUUGCCAGGGAGGGUAAUGGCUUCCUAGAGCCAGAUGCCAGCACCUGAGGGUGCCCACCACCCCAUGCUGUUUCCCUUAACCCUGCCUACACUUUCAAGAAUUGAAACUCUUUGCAGCCUCCCUUUUUUUUUUUAAAAAAAAAAAAAAGGUACUAUCGAUUUCCUAAAGGACCGUUAGUGAUAUACACUCAGAGAUUCUUUUGUCAUGUUACUUUCCAUAGCUCAAUAUGGCUGUUAUCCACAUUAUAUCAAGAACAUAAUACCUACCUUAAAUUUUUAAUAUUUUGUCUUUAUUCUUCAACUCUGUGUAGCAUUUCCUUCUGGUUAAGAACAUGCAGAUAAUCCAAAUAAACAGAUUUGACUAAAAGAAAAAAAAA